AUGGAGAUGGAGUCCGGAAGGCGUGGUGAUGAUCGGAAAGCGGGUGACGGUUGGUGGUGGGUGAAGGGUGUGCCAAAGAAGUUAAAAGAAAAGAUGGUUGAGGUUGCUAGGAAUACAAAGGAGGUGGGACAAGAUGAUCCCAGAAGAAUUAUUCAUUCUCUCAAAGUUGGACUAGCUCUCACCUUCGUUUCUUUAAUCUACUACUUUCACCCUCUUUACCAAAAUUUUGGUGUCUCUGCAAUGUGGGCUGUGCUCACUGUAGUGGUGGUUUUUGAAUUCUCUGUUGGUGCAACACUUGGAAAAGGCUUCAAUAGGGGAGUGGCAACACUGCUAGCUGGUGCUCUUGGUGUUGGAGCUCAUCACUUGGCUAGUCUAUCAGGAAAUAUUGCCCACCCCAUACUACUCGGGUUAUUCGUUUUCUUACAAGCUACAGCGGCAACGUUUGUUCGAUUCAUUCCUGAAGUGAAGGCCAAAUACGAUUACGGAUUAUUGGUAUUUAUAUUAACAUUCUGUAUGGUUUCUGUGUCUGGUCUCCGAAAUGAUGAAAUACUGGAUUUGGCCUACAAGAGGCUAUCCACAGUUUUCAUGGGUGCCUCUGCCUGUGUGAUUGUAUCCAUUCUAGUCUGUCCCGUUUGGGCUGGUGAAGAUCUUCACAACCUAGUAGCUCUCAACAUCGAAAGGCUUGGAAAUUUCCUAGAAGGAUUUGGAGAUGAAUACUUGAGAACAUCAGAGGAUGAAGAAUUGAAGGACGACAAGUCGUUUCUGCAAGCUUAUAGAAACGUUCUCAACUCGAAAUGCUCUGAAGAAACAUUGGCCAAUUUUGCUAGGUGGGAACCUGGUCACGGUCGGUUCAUGUAUCACCAUCCAUGGAAACAGUACCUGAUAAUUGGAACCCUCACACGCCAAUGUGCCUAUCGAAUUGAACUUCUUAGUGGCUACCUUAACGUCCCUGAGUCUCAAGCAGUGGCACCCCCAGAAAUCCGUGAAAAAAUUCAGGAUACAUGCACAAAAUUGAGCUUGGAGUCUGGCAAAGCACUAAAAGAGCUAGCAUUGGCAGUAAAAACAAUGACUCAUCCAUCCUCUGCCGAUCCUCAUGUUACUAACUCAAGAAACUCUGCCCAAAAUCUUGAAUUAUUGCUGAAAUCAGGCUUGUGGGAAGACACUGACCUCCUAAAGGUCAUACCGGUGGCCACAGUGGCGUCGCUGCUGAUUGAUGUUGUAAUCUGUGUGGAGAAAAUUGCUGAGUCCAUUCAUGAGCUUGCUUCCCUUGCACAUUUCAAGACCAUAGAUAUGACUGUGUCGCCGGAAAAUCCAAUGUCAGAUCAACUGAGAACUGCAAAAUCACAUACGGACACUGAUAGCCACCACCAUGUCAUUACAGUGGACAAUUCAGAUUCUGCUUUCAAGGAAAAUGGCAACCCUCAAUUUCCAGUGAGCAGUAGAUGUGGUUACCCAGGGACGAAUCAAUUGUAG